CAUUUUGAAAUACUGAUAGUUCAACAAUGGCGACUACCGCUAAUUACGCUUUUUCUCCUGACGGUGAAUAUUUUGCUCAUUGUGGAAACGAUGGAAAAUUAAAGAUUUGGGACACAGGAACUGGUCGUUUAAAACAAGAAUAUGUAUCAAAUUUUCAUCUUUCCUCCCCGUGUUGCGUUUUGACUUGGCUUUAUGUUAAUUCCCGGUCAACAAAUACAUCGCCUUUACCAUGGAAGAAACGCAGAAGAAAAUCAGUUGCAGAGGAGCCCAGUCAAAAGAGCAUGGUUGCAAUGGGUUCUACAAAUGGAAAAGUUACUCUUUACGAUACAACAACAUCUUCUGUUACCUCACAAUUGGAUGGCCAUUCCAGUACAGUCACUGCAGUAACUUGGUCAGAAAAUGUUGGUUUAUUUACUGCAGGGGAUGAUCAUCACAUUAUUCAUUGGAAUCUUCAAGAAAAUGGAGUAAAAUGUAAAUGGAAAUCAGGGAAAGGAAAAACAACAUCUUUAACAGUUUCAGAAGAUGGGAAAGGUCUGUUGUCAGGGGAAAGGGUUGUUAAAUGGUGGGAUUUGAGUACUAAGCAGGUGAUCAAGAUCUUCACGGGUCAUGCUAAUCAAGUAACGUGUCUUUGUGCUGUUAAAAUUCCGCUCGGAAGUAAUUAUGUUAUUAGCGGAGCUUACGGUGACGGUUGUCUUAGCGUUUGGGCUUUGGAUGAACAAAGAAAUGAUAGAGCAGCUGUAGCGAGUUUAGCUCUACAAGAUGAUGCGAUAAGCGUGUCUGUAAAUGUUUCGGAAAGCUCACAUGUGGUUGUAUUGGUAGUAACUAGGUCUGGGCAAGCACACAUAUUUCAAUAUCAACCAAAUGGGCGGACGAAACCAUUAAAGCCUAGUUUAAAUAUCGCGGUUGCCUCUGAUAUAAGUCAAAAAGACAGUAUUCAGCAAAUUCCUAUCUUAGAUGCGAAGUUAACGGAAGAUCAAAAACUGUUACUCGCCUAUGGAACGCAUAUUAAUCCUGUGUUUGAAAAAGUAACACCUGAUUUUUCUAAUAAAGUACAGUGUUUAGUACGCUCGGACAGUAAAAAAAAUAAAGAUAGAAAGGAAGAAAUUACUAAAAUAAAAUCUACAGUAAUAGAAGGCAAUGUUGAGUAUCUUGCACCAGGUAUUGUUGAAACAACCACAAAAAGGACUAAAAGCAGUUCUGGAUCGCAAUUAUUAUUAAAAGAUAGAUUAGAAAAUUUGAGCCUAGGUACUGAGAGUAGUCCUACUGGAAAAAUUACGAGCACAGGUAGCAGUCGAGCACAACUUUUGUUACAAGGCUUGAACAGUAAAGAUAAGACUAUUUUAAGCAAUGUUUUUCUCAUCAAGAAUGAGUCUAUUAUUAGGAAUACCAUUACUAAGUUACCGAUCCAGGCAAUUGGGCCGCUACUUAAAGAGCUGACCAUCCUACUUCAGGGGAAAACUUACACGAGUAAAAUUGCCGUGCGAUGGUUAGAAACAUUGCUAAUGGUACAUGCAAGUCAUUUUUUGUCACAAGCAGAUCUUGUGGAUUUAUUUGGACCAAUUUUAAACUUAAUUGAUGCCAAGUUAGCUCUUUUAACAGAACUUUCAAAACUUAAAGGACGUGUUUCCCUUGUUACUGGCCAAAUUGCUCAGAUAGUAGAAGAACAGGAUAAAGAUAUCACUGAGAAUUGUCUUAUGUAUCAGGAUUCAGAUACAUCAGACGAAGAUGACGCAGUCGAAGAUGAGGAUUUAGAAAGCGAAUCAGAUGAAAAUUGGGAAGAAAUGUCGAAUCAAGAGGAUCAAGAGAACCAAGAUGAUCAAGAGGAACAAAAUGAGGAUGAAGAUGUAAAAAGCACGAAUUCUGAUUCGGACGAAGAAAAAUCUAUGUCCAGCUAAAUAUUAAUUUAGUAAACGUUCGAGUUCCUGAACAUAACAAAUGUGAAAAACGAGAAAAACUUGAAAUGUUAAUAAAUAACAUUUUUCUACACAAACAA